GCCCGACGGAGGACGGCUCUUCACCUGCGACAUGGUCUAUUGCCACAGCCGAGGUCAGACGAGCAAGGAAAGGAAUGUCUGCGUUGUCAAGCUGUUCGUGGCCAACCAGGAUACGUCGCUGUUAGUCGGCAUCGCCUUGCUCAACGGUGCAUCCGGAAUGGUUUUUUCUCACGAUGAGACCAUGGCGAUCGUACUAGACGGAGGCGCACACCUUUUCCGCAAGCACAACGUACUUUACACAGAGCCAGUAAUCACCAUGAUCAGCCUGACUGCGCUCACCGCAGGGUUGACUUUAGAAGAAAUAACCAGAAUACUCGAAGAGGACGAUCAAGAUGUGUCGGCUAUCUACAUUGAGCCACCGGAGGCUACCAUCUACUCAGACGAAGAUUCCGCUGAUGAAGAUUCUGGUGGCCUCAUAGACAACCUCAGUAGUAGGCAUCUUAGAGCAGGUGCUGAAACCGUCCUCGCAGACGGCCGUCGUAUUGGUGGAUGCGAUUCUGAUGAAGAUGAAGGAGAGGAUGAACAACAAGUAUAUCAAGGAAAGCAGAAAGACACCGCAACAAGCACGCAGUAUGAAAAGGUCGUCGGAAAAGCAGCAGCACCUCUCCUUGAAAUGGCGGAUGAACUUCCGGUCGAUGUUCGUCAUCUGCCAUUUCACUUUUAUUUCGACAAUCUCUUCACCAGCCUGCACCUACUCAGGCACCUGAAAGAAAAGAACUAUGAAGCCACGGGCACAGUGAGGCAAAACCGUGUGCCGAAGGAAUGCCCCAUCGCUCGGCCUGAUUUCAUCAAACGCAAGACCCGUGGGUACGAAGAGCACGCGCUUUCGGAUGACGGGAUAAUCAUCCUGCGCUGGAUGGAUAACUCUGUUGUAACAAUCGCAAGCACCGUGCACGGCGUAGAGCCCAUGUCAUCUGCAGACAGGUAUUCCCGUGCACAGAAGAAGAGGAUCAAG